UUUGCGUAGUGUGGGCUUUUGUGUGAGCGGGGACGGGUAGGGUACGGAGGAUCAGUAGGCAGAUUUUUUUAAAGGCAGUAGGCAGUAGACAGCAGGAGCCGGGCACUCAAUAACCCCCCGAUUCUAAUUCUGACCACGGGGACUUAUCCCACGUUAACCAGUUAAUUAAAAAUAAGUUGCUGACAGUACGGAGAAGAGAGUUUGAAGUGUAUAAUACACCCCUAUAUUUGUGGGCGAGAGUUUGCUUCAUCACUGCAACAAAAAAAAACCUUAGCGUGGGAGUUAAUGGGGGAAGAAAAAAAGCAGCGAGAGGUUUAGUGUUCGCUUUUGAAAAUACAAAUCUCUGACUUUGAAUUUUUUUUUUCGGAACUCACUGGGUUGAGAGUCAAGGGGGGAACAUUAAGUGGAAGUGUCACCAAAGGGGACUUUUAAUCUGCGGAAGUUUUGUUUCUCCCUUUGCUGGGAGAAGCGAGGCGGUAGCGGUAGCAGCAGCAGCAGCAGCAGCCGCCGCCGCCGCCUCUGCUGCUCAGCGAGCCGGGGCUUCGGCCAGCUUGCCGGGCGCCCGCGCUCGCUUUCUCUUCCCUCUCCCGAGUGAUGCUUUGUUUUGCGGUACCCGUCCGAAAAUUCUCCCAAGCACCAUGAGCAUGGCCAACGACACAUACGCAUUUGUAAAAGACAUUAAGCCAGGAAUGAAAAAUUUAAAUGUCGUCUUUAUUGUUCUGGAAAUAGGUCGAGUUACCAAAACUAAAGAUGGACAUGAAGUGAGGUCGUGCAAAGUAGCCGAUAAAACUGGCAGCAUCACUAUUUCAGUUUGGGAUGAGGUUGGAGGUCUAAUACAGCCCGGGGAUAUCAUUCGCUUGACAAGAGGUUAUGCUUCAAUGUGGAAAAAUUGCCUGACGCUAUAUACAGGGAGAGGAGGCGAUCUUCAAAAAAUUGGAGAGUUUUGUAUGGUAUAUUCAGAAGUACCCAACUUUAGUGAACCAAAUCCAGAUUACCUCAACCAGAUGAACCAAACAAACAAAGUUGCACAAAGUGAACAUAGAAACAAUUCUCCUCCUAGUCAGCUGGCUACAAAUGGACAAAUGCAAACAGGGAAUGGCCCACAAAGUGCGCCAUUGCUGGGGGGACAUCCCCCAUCAAGCAAUAGCCACCAGCAGCAACAGAAUCCUAACUUUGCAGGUGGUGGAAGAAACAAUGGACGGGGACCAAUAGCUCAGCCACAGAUGACUCUAGCUCAAGGAUCUACAGCUGUCGCCACUGUUAGCAAUGGAAGAGACCCACGCAGAGCAUUUAAAAGAUGACCUGUGCCAUAUGUAUAUACAACCUUGUUCACUUCUGCACCCUACUUGAACCCACUUGAUGCACUUUUAUUUUUUUAUAUAACUUGUUUGUGUGUUUGUUUUAACUCUCCAUCGUUUGAGGUGGGGGUUUGAACUGCAGAACAUCUGACUCUUUAACUAUUGAAGUGUCUUGCAGUAUUGGAGCUGCACAGGACUUCAUACCUUCGUGGUCUGGAAAUGAGUUGCCAAAGUAGAGGUGCUUGUGUUGAGAGCAGCAGGGGGAAAAAGUUAAUUUUAGGUUUAAAAUAUCAAUAAAAUGCAAUUAAAUUACGAUAGUGUGCAGUGAAGGGUAUUAUGUCACCUAUACUGUGAUCAGCAGUAUUGAUGGAUUGAAUCUUGAACAAGUACUAAAUUUAUACAAAAGAUUUAUUCCUUCAGGUUGCUAUGGCAUUGGCAGGUGACAGUGGAAAGUUUAUUGGCAAUGAACUGUACAGAUUGAAGAGUUUGGGUUUAAUCUAGACGCCAUUGCCAGUGUGGCAAUAUGAUGCAACUUGUAUCCCUUGGAGGAAGUGAAUGACCCUGAACUUGUCUAAGCAAUGACUUGUGCCAACAGAAUGCAUGAUGAUUGGAAGGUGCAUCCUGCCAGGCUUAAUUGAACAGCCUGUAAAAUACAUUGAGAAAUGUCCACACAAGCACAAUAUGGCUCAAAUCUGCCACUGUCCCAUAACAUAAGCCCCUAAUGUACCAGGGCUUGGGGUAAUGAAGUGAAAAUAUCAGUGCUCUUUAAAAACAAUCAGCUGGAGUUCUGAACAAAAGCAGUGCACCACUUGGCUGCAAUAAAUGUAUACACACCAAUACAGGCUGACAUUUUGGCUCUGCAUACAUCAAGGACAUUUAAACAUACUUGUGCAAUAAAUGUUACUGCCUGAUGUGUGUAAGUGGUAUUACACAAGUCAGAUGUAUGUGUUUAUAUACAAGUGCCAAUCUCUGUAUACAAAGCAGAAAAAGUAGUCGAGGUAACUUGUGCUUUACCCCUUAAAGUUCAAAGAUUUUUUUGUUUGGAAAAAAAACUGUUCUGAUUCAUUUGAAUGUGAAUGGUGUUCAAACCCUGCUCUGCAUCUUUGCAAGCUAACACUAUCAGUACUACUGUACUGAAAGCUCCUCUGAGAGCUGUUGUCUUUCAGUUAAACUGAAGCUCCUGUCUCCACUGAAUGUAGAGCACCAAUUGGAGAGUAGCAUACUUGUCUUUGUAGCGUUCUGUCCAGCAUUUCAGUUGACCAUUGUUUUCAUUGUCUGAAAGUUUGAAUGCACCUCAGCUCUAUUUGCCCACAACACAACUGUGACUACAGUCCAAAGAUAUUUCAUUGGCUGAGGAACACCACCAAGAAGGAGCUGAAACUAAAAUAUACCUACCUCUGCAAAGGUACACAGACAACACAAAGUACAAAUAGUUUGCUUGUUUUUUUUAAUUAACCCAGAAGUGCCUAUUAUGAUGUGCAAACUCUUACCUCAGAUUAGUAUCAAAUAAUAAAUCUAGAACAGUGAAAGACUAUUGCAAUGCUGGAAUAAAUCAGCUUCUGUGGAACAUGGAAAAACUAGUGAGGUUGAAAUUGGAAUAAUGGAUCUAGCUUUAUUUGGCUCAAUUUAGCUUAAAUUUAGUGAUUUUAGUCCACUAAGUACUGCAAAUAGAGCAAUAUGAAUAUUUGCCAUAAACUGUUUAAACUAACCAGGAAUGAAAAUUCAAACCCCAAGUAUCAAAAAAAAACUUAACUGCCUGGCAGAUAGACAUAGAUUUAAAUUUUGGUACCUGCCUCAUUCUUAAUAUCUAUAUUAUGCCAAAGUUAGUUUUAAAGAAACCAGUCCAAGUACCUGAAUUGUGAUCAGUCGGUUUGGAGUUAUCAAAUUAGCUUCUGUAGGAACAUGGGGAGAUAAAUUUGUUUUUCUAUUUCUACCUGACAGCAUUAUAUUUGGUGCCUCACUCAAGUGACUUCUCCAUGUACAUUAUUUGGCAAUGCCAGCAGCAGCUUGGUUCUUUGUGCAGUAACAAAUUAGGAUUUGCCCCUCUAAAUUACCCUUCAUUCCACAGUCAAUCUGC